CGUCGCUACAGUUAUUUCUAUGUGUGUUUUAAUGAAAUAGAUUUACUGUCUAGGUUAUGUAAGCUUAUAAAUUGGCCGGUUUACACUUGUGAAGUCGACUUUCAUUAGAAUAUUUGAUUGUUUAGAGUACUUCUUAUUAACAUUAAAAAUAUGCCAGAGAAAAGAACAAUAGCCGUGUUUGGCACCGACAUCAUUCAAGGCGAGGCUGUCGCCAGAUUUCUUGCACGUGACAAGGAUAUACAGGUGCGCGCCAUCACUUCUGAUGUGACAUCACAAAUGUCUCUGAGUAUGAAAAACGAAGGUGUUGAACUAUGUGAAUGUAGCUUCAAAGAUGUUGAUGAUAUAUGUGCUGCCAUAGCUGACGUGGAAGAAUGUUUCGUUUUAACAAACACCGACAUUUCUGAUCCAUUUUGUGUUGAAAACGAAAUAAAACUUGGACGCCGCAUCGCUGACGCAUGCGCUAUUUCAAAUAUUGGACAUAUAGUUUUUAGUACACAGGUUCAUACCCAGAAAGUUAAAGGUGUCCAAGUUCGACAGUGGGUGACUAAAGCAGAGAUUGAAGACUAUAUGAAAGUGAAAAACUUACCAUUGACUUGCAUUAUGGUCCCGUUUGUUUAUCAAGAUUUUUUCGGUGUUCUAAAACCAGAAAAAGUCCAAAACAACACUUAUCAAUUAGAGAUACCGAUGGGAUUAACUCCAAUAGAUCUAAUUAGUGUAGAUGAUAUUGGUGGUAUAGUUAAAUCUAUAUUGGAUAAUAAAUCACAGUAUAUCAACAAAACAAUCAGUAUCUCAGGCGAUAAACUAACCAUAGCAGAAGUAGCCGCCAUAUUGAAUAUAAACAUGAAACCUAAAAUGUUUCGAGAAAAGCAGAUCUCCAUAAAUGAUUAUCGACAGAAAGAAUUUCCAGGCAGCAGAGAUUGGGCAAAUAUAUUUAAUUUUCUACUGCGAGUAGAUACUCAAUAUAAUGUCUCAAAAACCAAGACUCUCUAUCCCGAUGUCAAGUCUUUUCAAGAGUGGGUUAAGGAGAAUGGUGCGUGGAUUCUCUCUCAACUUUCAUAAACAGAGUUGUGUAGACAAUUAUAAAUUGUUUAUAUUAAGAAUAGGGUGGGAUGAAAGUUGUUAUUAUUUUAAUGCUACGUUAAUAACCUUAAUGUGUUACAAGGUUUGCUAUUUACAUAUAGUGCUUCUGGAUUUCUUUACAUUAUUUAAUUGCCUGGUGGAAUUACCACAGACACACUUUCGUAAGCCACACAUGCACAAGAGCUCUCAAUUCUUACAACACACGAAUCAUCUCAUUAAUCAACAGAAAAAUUAAACAACGCCACCAGAUAUGCAUACGCCAUAUCGCCUACACAAGAGGUAGUAGAUAUUUGAAAAGUUGGUCAAAUGAGUGUUAGAAAUUCAUAACAAAGAAAUAAUGGAUUUUAGAUGCUCCGCAAUUGAAAGACAAAAAGUACGUUUGCUCCCCUUGUCGUAUUGAUUUAGAAGACGAAAACUUAGUUGAAUCACUAUCUGGCAAAAUCUUGAAGUAAACUCACAAGCACUUUAAUUCUAAAAUUAAAGUAAUAUUCGGUCAUUGAUACCUUCUUAAAAUCAGCCUUUUUGCGCCAAGAUUUGUUGAUUGAUAGACAGCCGCCGUCUUUCUUAGAAACAAAAUGAAUCUAUUUCUUUAUAGCCCAAUAACCAGAAAAAUCAUUUCAUAUAUAUAUCACGGCAUGACCUCGGGUCUAUCACUUCCUACAUCCACCCAUUAUUGUACGUUAACAAGCCAGAAACCAGACAUAACAGUUUUUUCUAAGUAAUGUUUGAAAUACAAGAAUGUUUAGUUUUAACAUCAGCGAUCCAAAUUACACAAUUAUGUUACAUAAUUGCCACAGAGUAGCCUAUUACAAAUAAACGAUGAGAUGUGGUUCUAACUAUUUAUACUCGAUUUACAAAAACAGAUAUCGUAAACCGUGCUUCAUAGGUAUAUAGCACACGUUGACAUUACUGUUAUUGCUACAGAAACAUUAGUUUGUUAUAUCUAAUCGCUACACCCGGCUAAUGUAUAUAUAAUGUAGAUAUAAAUAUUUCUGUCAUUAUUUAUAAGUGUGAGUGUUACACUGUAAAGUAUACUCUUGUUGUUUUAUAUUAAACUGUUCAGAAUAUAAUUUGGCGAUUAUAAUAC